AUGGCAAUAACUGAUAAACUUUGCUUUGGAUUCUCAACUGCAGCAUUGGUCAUAUAUAUAGGCUUAUUUGGAAUCUCUAGUAUCCUUGGUUAUGGACCCGUUAACUAACCUAUCAGCAAUGGAAAGUAAUGCAAUUUGAUUUACUUUCCGGAUCCAAAAGAUACUUAGACGACUCUCUGUUUAGAUGAAUGUCCAAAAAAGGGAGAUACAAAAUUGUAAUGUGAUAAUUGUUCUGGGAACAUUGCAAAUACUGAUGAAUACAAUCACGGUUGUUUGCCUACCUUAUAUUCAUAACUAUAAUUGGUUUUGCCUGCUUUGGAAACAUCUAAGCUCAACACCUUUACCGUAUCCUUGAUUUCAAAUAGUGAAUUUGUUUUUACAGGACUUCUAUUACUACUCUCCGUGCUUUAUUUAAAUUAGAGAGUGUUCAGAUAAUACUUUUCGCUUAUAAUUUAAUUCCUAACUAAGUUUUACCCGUAUUGCAUACUAUGGUUGGCUAUCAUAAUGGCGAAUCGCUUGUCGAACUUUCAUGAUAUGGAAAAACUGUAAAGAGCAGGGGAAUCAAGAUAAUUAAACUAAUAAUCAAUUGAAAUCUUAGUUGAAGCAUUCAAUAACAAAACAACGUAUACAAUAAUUCUAUUGCUCUUGAUCAAGUUAUUUAUAGGGUCUCUUAUAUCUCAAUUCUUCACUUAAAAUGAUAAGGAGGGAUACAGAUUGAAGAGUUAUAUCACUUUGACGAUAAGAAAGAAUCUAGGAUAAUAUACAGUUAGAUACAACUCUGUCAUUUAAUUGUUGGUGGUCAUCAACUUUUUAGUAAUGUACUAUUCCAUCACUGCAGCAUUAAGCAUAGGUUCAAUUGACACAUCAAAACCUGUAUACAGUCAAUACUCAACAUCCAUUGUGGGAAUCAUCUUUGCUUUUUUGGCAUUUAUCCUUUUUGUUUAUGCAUCUAGAAUAUUAAGAUUGUAUACUGAUUAUUUCAUAUACAUAUUUACAUUAAAACAAUUGUUAUGGGAAGAGGAACAAAGCUUAUAAAUAUUAAAGAAUUCAUUUGAGGUUUUUGGAACCUUAUCUCUCCUGGCCUUGAAACAAAUCAUCAAUUCACCUAAAAGUUUGGGCAUUAAAUUAAUGUAUUUGAUCAAGAAGCCUCAAAUUGCUCAAAAAUGGGAGAACGAUCUAUCAUUGCUAACCUCAUUGACAUUAGGUCGUUAAGUGUUUUACUUGACUCAAAAUCAAGUCAAUAACCAGCCAAUUGCCUCAUAUCAAUUACAAGAGAGCAUAGACAACUUAAAUAUAUAAAAUUUAGAAAUCGUUUAUUCAUUAUAUUAAUAGGCUGAGGCUAUUCUUAGGUAUUCUGGAUGGUCCCUUGGAUGUCUUGUUGGACUUAUUAAUUCACUCUUUGGCUGUGGGUUUUCCACUAUUUUACUGAUGAUUCCAUUGGGUUGUGAUCUGAAUUACGUGAUCAGUGCACAAUUGAUUAAGGGAUUCUUGACAUUCGGAUUGAUUGAUGGGGAUAAGGAUGAUGACAAAUUGAUGAAUUAUUAUAAGACAAUAAUUUUGAUUGAGAAGGAGGAACAAUUGUCCAAGAAAAAAUAAUAAUAAAAUUGA